AUGGCCAGUAACAUUAGCCAUCCAUACUUCAUUCGGUGCUGUGCCAACGGCAGUUGGGCGGAGAAUAAUUGUUCAGCAACACCAGUGUCAACUUUACCAACUGUAACAAAACCUGUAGUCGCAACAUCGUCAAAUCCGACGUCAUCGGCGGCUCAGACGUCACAGGAAGCAUCAACGACGUCAAAUCCGACGUCAUCGACGGCUCAGAUGUCACCAGAAACAUCAACGACGUCAAAUCCGACGUCAUCGGCAGCUCAGACGUCCCCAGAAACAUCAUCGACGUCAAUUCCGACGUCAGCGGGGGCUCAGACGUCCCAAGAAACAUCAACGAGGCAAAUUCUGACGUCUCCAGUAACCACAACAACGCCAAUUAUAACUUCACAGACGACUUCAACACCACAACCGUCCAUAUCUAUCGAUGAAAACGAUUGGUACACUCUGGAAUCCGAGACAAGGAAGCGACAACUGGCACCAGUCAUGGAUGCUGAAUUAAGCUGGAAAAAUGCUAUGACUGUUUGUGAGAGUAAUGGAGGAUAUCUUGCUCAUAUUCACACGUUGGAAGAACGUCAGAAGAUUAAUGAUUGGCUGUUGGCAAUACCACAAGUGACAGCUGUUAGUAUAUCAUCACUCGGACCUUCUGAUGAUGAGUUCUGGGUUGGGGGUGAAUAUGACCCUGACAGUAACGAAUGGUUUUGGAGAACUGCAUCAGGCAAAACGGACAAAAUCGAUUCAUUGUGGAAUGGGUGGGGAGUUAAAAACCCCACUGCAGAAUUGGACAAGCGAUGCGCUAACCUUUAUAAAGAUUCUCAAAAUUUAGAUUUGUAUUCUCUGCGGAACUCUCAUUGCAACGUGGAACGUAAGUUCAUUUGUGAACGAGAUCUUACUAAUGUCACAAUAAAUGAUAAUGACUGGUUUGUUUUCAAUUCUGCCGUCGAAACACGAGAAAUGGCAUACAUAGGGAACCCGACUUUGUCAUGGGAAAAGGCGCAGGAAGUGUGUACAACAAAUGGCGCAACUCUAGUACAUGUUUACAGUUCGGAGGAACGGGAUUCGCUUGAGUCAUUGUCCAUUCCGUCUGGAGACAAACUGUGGACAGGGGCUAAAUUCGACCAUGCUGCUAACAAAUGGUACUGGUGGUCAAAUAACUCGGGUACGGACAAACACGUGGAACCCUCACUAUGGGCGUUUAGUGAAUCUAACAAAACUACUAACUGUUUAUAUUUAUCAAAAGAACAAGGGGCCGUCUUCGACUUGUAUUCACUCGGUGACAGCAACUGUACAGAAAAUAACGGCUUUCUAUGUCAGAGAAAAAUAGAUUUAAGAAUCCCCGUGGACAGCUGGUUUGCUUUAGAAGAAGAGAUAACACUAAGGGAGAUUGCUUUUGUGAAUCGUCUAAAUCUUAACUGGCUCCAGGCCCAGGAAAUGUGCGAGUGGAAUGACGGGACACUGAUACAUGUAUAUAGUGACACUGACAUGAAGUUGAUCAAAGGACGGCUUACAGACAAUGGCAUUAGCAUAAACGACAAAGUGUGGACGGGAGGUAAAUCAGAUGACGUCAACGGAUGGGUCUGGUGGUCGGAGGGUCACCGCUCAGAUAUUGAAUGGGCAAAAUUGUCGGUCACAGAGUUUGAUCCAACCAUAGGCGCUUGCAUCGUGCUGUCAAAUCAGGCGAGCGAAAUGUUAAAUACAGACUGUGACGCCUUUCAUCCAUUUUUGUGUCAGAGAGAAACGGGUUUCAGAAUUUCAGAGAAUGACUGGUUCCAAGUAAACGACCGGAAGAUGGCAAGUGUCGCCAAGGGAAGUAACUGGGAAUCUGCUUCGCUCAUCUGUCAAGCGAACGGAGGGACACUAGCUUCUAUUUAUAACAUAACAGAAAUUAGCACGAUCCAAAGAGAACUGGAAGUGAAAGGCGUACCUUAUCCUCAACAAUUAUGGCUUGGUGGACUCUACGAUGAGAAACAAAUGACGUGGAUAUGGCAAGAUGAUAAUCGACCGAUAGACGAGAGUCUCUGGUUGUCGGGGUACGGAGGAAAGCCCGAUCAACUCCCGGAUAACGUGUGUGUGAUGCUGUAUGCAGACAGCUUCCGGAACGAUAUGUGUGCUAACGAAUAUAGUGCCCUAUGUCAGAUAUUUUCAGCUGGUGUUACUAAUCUGAUGUAAUGAUGGUAGUGACGAUUGUUUUGUGUACACCUAAUGACGAUUGAUUCAUGUACACCUAAUGACGAUUGAUUUGUGUACACUAAAUAACGAUUGAUUCAUGUAGACUUAUUGACGAUUGAUUUUGUACACUUAAUGACGAUAGAUUCAUGUCAGCUUAAUAAGCACUUUUCGGUUCAAGGUUCAUAACAAUUUGAAGUACACAUAGCCAACAUGUAUAAGUAUUUUUUUACAGUUAUAUCACG